GUUGCGAUUAGGAUCAUAAAAGCUAUCGACAACGCCAUUUCCAAUCAUGAAAAUCAAGAAGACUGCCACGGCCAAGCAUGAGGCCACCCUUGUGGGUUAUCCGCUCUGCCUCUUUCCUUGUCCUUCAAUUCUGUCUUUAGACGCCGCAUUGCAUGCUUGGUGAUUGUUCGAGACGUUGUGCUGAUACCAUCAUCUCCUGUCUUAGUCUCCCUUUCUCAAGUCAUUCAUUACCACCGCCACAUCAAUCCCUAUACCAGAGCUUUUACCAUUUCUUUCAAAGUUUCCCGUGCAUUGGCCGUUCCCUCGCGGCGACUUGUAUCACUGGAUAGCCUUAUUGAAUCGAUUCGACUCUGUUUUGGAGGAGCAAGUACAAAAGUAUAAGCUCAAAGAGGGGCCACAAACAAUGCCGUGGGAGUGCCAAGAUGAAGAAUUGGUCAUUGGGAUUUUGAAGUUUAGUAGGCUGCUCGUCGAGAACUGUGGGAAUCGGAGUCUCUAUGGCAGCAGUGGGGUACGUCUGGUUUACGAUUUAUCGUUUGUCUGGAUAUCGAAAUUGACUUUUUUACAGUUUAUAAAUGACCUACUCAAUACAACCUCCCUAGAUGUUUUAGAAGCGUCCCUACGCCUGGGUUCUCGUCUUGCUCAGAGAUAUCAUACCUCUCGAACCCGUGGCGCUAGCCAGUCCACUAACGCUGUUCUGCUUGCUUCGCAUUACAAUAUUAAUCUUGAGAGGGUCUCAAAACUUGCUACUCCAUUUCUCAAGAGUAUAGCGGUUGCUGGUUUAGCUUCUUCUAGCAAGAAUGUUUCGACGAAGGCGGUCGUUCCGGUCUAUGCCAAUGAUCUUGCGAGGCUGGCGAGAGAUGAGAGGCCGAUAGAUAGUGCAGAAGUUCUGGGCGGCAAGGGCAAAGGCAAAGGCUCCGAGGGCCGGGAGGGGUCUUGGGAAGAGUGGGGAGGUGCUUAUGUUAGCUAUUAUGUUAGUCCUGCUGCGCAGAAAGCAGUGACUGUUCCGGUACCAGGAACUGGCUUUGUCUCUAGGGAGCCCGUCACACCUACCCCAGCUCGAAGGACCUCAUUGCAUCACGGCCAUCAGACACCUGGCUCUGCUCAUAACAGGAGACGGUCCACCGAUGACGCUAUUACCGAUCCAACUGACCCCGCUGUCACAGGGGGCAUGCAAACGUUAGAAAUCCCAUAUAGCCAAAUCAAGGCUGCGCCAAGCCCUGAAGAUAUCCUUAAGUCGACCUUACCUGAGAUUCCUAUCGAUACUCAUUACGACUUGUUACAUCGCGUUCGUGUUGCUUCGGCGCUCGCUGGGACGACGGAAACGAGAAGACAAAUUUUGGGGAUCCGGAUACUGGCGUUGACAAAUCUUGCAUAUGUCUAUUCCGAAAACCAGUUCACAACCAAGAUACUGCAACCGGACCAGGAUGAACCUCGAAGGUUCCAAUUGGUGUAUCAGCUUGCAGAGUUAGUCCACAGCGGUGAUAUAAAGGGAGCAUCGGGGGAUGGGAAGGACAUUCCGAGAUGGCUUCAAACGCUGGCGUUGGGAGGUUUGGAGGCUCUAGCGAGGCACAAGAGCAAGACCGCAGAUGUUUGCGCUGCGCUAAGUGUUAAUGUCAACCAUGGGGUGUUGCUCUAUGUUGUUCGGAAAGCUGUGGAGGAGUUGGCGAUCGAGAAGGAUGAGGAGGGAUACGACAAGGAGGCUGAGGAGUGGCGGGAAGCUUUAUUUACCUUGGUGGGAUAUCUACCGACUACUGCGCAUGCUGGAUCUUUGCUCGUAUCUGCUGGUCUCAUUCCUAUCCUGGUGGAGCUCUUGCAACUGCGCACCAAAAAGGCCCUUCGGAACAUCCCAAAGGCUCUUAGUUUUCUUGACUCGCUAAUCUACAAUGUCCAAAACGCCUUCCAGGCUUUGGCUAGUGCAAAAGGCCUAGAUGUUGUGGUAGAUCUUGUUUCGGAUGAAGUGAAGGCGGGGUUAGAGGAAGCCGGGACCGGGAAAGGGAUCCCGGAUGAAUAUAAGAGCUCGACGACCGAUUUCAAAAUUGGGUUCUAUCGCCAACAGACCCUUAAGAUGGUUUUCAAAUUUAUGCAGCAUAUGAUGGCCCAAUCUGGAGGCAAUGCGGAUCGGCUGUUGAGAAAUCUAAUCGAUAGCCCGAAAUUGCUAAGCGCCUUGAAAGUAGUGAUCGAGAAUGGAGCCAUAUGGGGAAGCAAUAUCUGGAGCACGGUUGUUGGCAUAGUUAGCGCCUUCAUCCAUAAUGAGCCUACUAGUUACGCUGUUAUUCAUGAGGCUGGCUUAAGUCAUGCAUUGCUGGAGACUGUCACAGGAAGAUCUGGCUUGGCAGAGGAAGAAGCAAAGAGGAAGAAGGACGAGGAGGAUAGGGAGGUUGUGGCGGAUAAUGCGAGUACGGCAGCUACUGUGGACGUGGGCGAUGAACCUAUGGAAGAAGGCUCUACUCCUAGCGAGUCUAAUGACAAGGGAAAGGACAAGGAAGACGCGUCGUCAGGGGACCGGAAGAGAGACCUGCCACCGAGACUACAUCCUCCUGCCGUAGGUAUCAUGCCUUCGAUAGAUUCUAUUGGGUCAAUCCCAACGGCGUUUGGGGCUAUCUGUCUUAAUGCAUCGGGCCUGGCGUUGUUCCAGACUUCUGGGGCGUUGGAGACUUUCUUCGAGAUUUUCGAGAGUGCCGAUCACGUUAAAUGCCUGACCGAGCAUGAAUUGGCUAGUGUGCUGGGGAGCCAAUUUGAUGAAUUAGUCCGGCACCAUCCUGUCCUCCGGGAGAAUGUGAUGAAAGUUGUUGUCGAGAUGCUGCAGAGAGUCGAAAUCCUCGGUAGGAAGUUCGCCGAGGAGAAGGGGAUGGGGGCAAAGCUAUGGAUUGAGGAUGGAUGUGGCGGGAUGGUGGUUGCUGGGGGAAGGAAAGCAUUGGUUGGGAGAAUUCACAAGCACGCUCCUGAAGCCAGCGUGGGGUCUAUAACGGGAUCCCAGGGGAGCGAUGGGGAAGACGUUGAGAUGGGAGACGCCGACGCUGUGGCCUCCUCCACAGUUACUUUCGAAGGAGCCAGUCCGGAUGGCGCACCCAAGGCCGAAGUUGUUGCUUUGAGUGACAUUAUUGAUGAGGAAGCCGAGGAUGCCGACAGAAGCCAACCUUCUAUCGUUAACUUUAUCGAUGCUGCCGGCAGAUUUCUGGAAGGAUUUCUGGCAAAUGCAAGUCUCUCGAAGGAUUUUAUCAAGCGUGGGGGUCUAGACUUUUUGCUUGACUUUUACACUGUUCCCAGCUUGCCUCACGAUUUCGCUACCAGUCAGGCCAAUCAGAUGAUGAGCCGUGUUCUCCAGGUUUGCGGUGAGAACAGCCCUCCAGCGACAGUUGAAGCGACUCUAAAGCAUGCCCAAAGGGCCAUCGAUCAACUGCAACCUUUGCUCAGGCAUGACAAGAAAGAGGCAUUCUUUGCUCCCUUAACCGACCAAAAGGCCAAUAUUCUCCCCCCUUGUCCCCAAGGAGGAAUCCCUGCUCAGAGCGAUCAUCGGGCGGCGGCAUCUCCGGGCGAGGGUAUUGUUGGAGGGGUUGAAGCAAUUCAAGAGAGGUUGCCUCAAGAUGUUAGACCCGGCGGUACGAGGCUUAUUAAAGACCUGGUCACAGUGCAUUCGCUUUGCUAUCUUUUGCAAGAACUUUAUGUCCAGCCCCUUUUCAACGUCCGGCUAACUCUGUCAAUAUUUAUGCAACCUGAGAAUGAAGCGAUUAUUUCGAACCUUGGCGCCCUGCACCGGAUGUGUGUUUGGGAGGAAAUACUGCUUCAGAAUACCAUCCCAGAUACUUGGAAUGAGGCUACCAGAGUUAAGAACUCUGCGGGAGCAGCAGCCGCUAGUAUUGAGGAAGAAGCUGUUCCUGCUGUUGUCGCUACGUCAGCCGAGGGCCAGCUUCAGAGCUCGAGAUCGCAAGAUGAACAGAAAGAGGCCGAGAAAGCUGUUGUGGAGAGAGACGGGAAGACCCCAUGGUUCCGAAAUGUUAAAACAAUAAGGUUUCUCAUCAGCCAAAUCCCUUCGAGUAUCACUCCAUUUUUGCAAGGUAAGCCUCCAUUAUGUGUGCUCCCAAUCACAUCAGCUUGUACUAAUUCAGUGUUUAUAGGCCUCGCCAGAAGCCUCAUUUCUAGGAGGAGCAACGAUCUACUCCAUAAACAGCACGCUUUCAAAAUUGCCGAGGCCAUUUCUGAGUCCAUGUAUGAUCAUUUGACGUGGAAGAGACUAGGUAUUGUAUAACCAUUCGGAGUCGGGGAAAUGUUGCUAACAGCCAUACAGAUAGCAGCGAUUCGGUCACGGAUAAAUACGGAUAUUGGAUUGUAAUGUUAACCUCUAUCGCUUCACUCUUAUUUGAAGGUGAGCAGCCCGCAAUCCUGCUACUCACUCAACCGUGUUACUAAUUUUGGGUAUAGAAAAGGGAAGCGGUCAAGUUAUUACUGUAACUUUGGUUACAUUCAAACAAAAUAAUGGGAUCAACGCCGUGACCGAUAUACUGGAAACCUUUUGGGGCGAAGUUCGGGAUCUGCCAGCUCUUGGAGACGCGGAGCAAAUCGGGAAAGAUAGCCACCAGAGAAUGGCACACGCAUACGGAGGCAUCAAGAUCAUAUUGUCUUUGUUUACUCACUUGGUCUCAAACAAAUCAGUCUUGGAUUCUUCACAGACCGCUGCACUUCAAACUCGUGAACGCUCGAGUGAUACACCUCGCCCUGAUUUCUUCAACCAGCAUCAGUUCCUCGUGGAGCUUAGGGCUAGUAUUCUCCCGGUGGUUAGGAAUAUGUGGGACGCUAGUUCUAUAGAAAAAGCCUCUUGUUCUAUUGUUAAGUCUGUUAUAGAGAUUCUUGGAAUCGUACUCAAAGCAGACAGCGAGAGCGGUGCAUUUACUCGGAAAGAAUUGGAGAAGAAAGGAAGGCUGUCAAAUACGAUCUCAUGGAGGACGAUGGAGCCAAAUGAAGAGGGGAUCAGGCAACUUGUUGAAAUGGGGUUCACCCGGGAAAACGCCAUGGUUGGGCUUUUGCGAGGCAAUGGCAACGUUAACACUGCCACCGAAUGGCUCACUUCGCAGGGUGUUAGGACUCCUCAGCGCGGCGGCCAAAUAUCUGCUUCCAGUUCUAGACCCCUAACAGCCGAAUCUCAUUCUACCGAUGAAGAGGGGACCGAUGUCGAUGCUGCUAGGGAAGAACCUAUCAUCCCAGCGCAGUCGGAAGGGGUGGUUGAAGGAGGCGAAGCAGCUACCGAGUCAAUUAUGCCCCCCCCUGCACCGCCUGCACCUGCUGUCGACAGUGGAGUCCCUCCGGCUGAUGACGGUGUGGUUGCAAUGAACAUCGACGAAUCUAAUGUUCAGACUACACCUCCGUUGGGCGAACCCCGAACCAGUGAACCCGCUGAGACCCCCCCGUCUGCCAUUGAAAAGGGCAAGGCUAAAGAGGAUGAAAAGGUCGAACCGCCAGUUGUAACAAUCGAGGAUCUGGAUGAACUCAGAUCUACCAUCCGUGACAGACUUAUCGAUCGCUCUUUGGAUGUUCUCCGUGUCCAUUCAACUGUCACCUUUGAGCUCUCCUCUCUCCUCACCAACGCCUUUGGUAAGGCCUCAGAAUCGCCGGAUGUUAGGAAAGAGGUUGCCUCAACAAUAUUGCAAUCACUGAUGUCACUGCAAGCGGAUGAUGACCUUCAGCCUUGCGCCAAAACCAUAACAUCAACCUCUCACCUCCUCGGGCUUGUCCUUCAGAACCAAGACUUCUUUGAUGCUUGUUUAGAGGACCUCAAAGAGCAAAUUCCAACUCUCAUUGGAUUUAUCAAGAUGAAUAAGGGAGAACCCGCUUCCUGGAUCGCCAGUAUCUUGUUGGUCGUAGAAAAAGUCUUGUCAGAGUCAGCCCAACCCAAGAGAGUUACAUUUCCAUCACCUCCUGGCGAUCAAGAGCCAGAAAAUAUCGCCGAGUUGAAUCCGUAUAAGAUCUCUGAUGAAGAUCAAGAUGCGCUUUUCGGGGCUGUUACGGGUGUGGUUUCGGUUAUCGGCAGAGAUGAGGUUUUACCUUUAGCUGUGGCUCGUGUUCUGGUGUUACUCACCCGGAAGCGGGAGCUCGCAAUUCGAAUGACUGAAGGGGAUAAUUUGCGGGAUCUAUUCCAUAUGCUACGCUACCAAGCCGGCCUGAGAACAGAGCGUAUUCAAGCGUCUAUAAUGCUUGUCCUUCGGCAUAUCAUUGAGGACACAGAGGUUCUCAAAGCAAUUAUGAGGAACGAGAUCCGCGCAUGGUUCCAGUCGCGAGGCUCCCGUCAAAUUGAUACUCAGUCUUUUGUCCGACAUAACCACCAUCUUGUCUUGAGGGACCCGGACGCGUUUGUUGAAUUGGUCAAUGAGCUUUGCAAAUUGACAAGAUACGAUCCACAUUCAAGAAGUCAACAAAUUGCGAUCAAGGAAACAGAACGCCCUAAAUCUGAAGCCGGACCGAAGCCAGAAGUUGAAUUAGACCCAGCAAAGGAGGCUGAAGAAUCGCGGGCUAAAGGAACCGAAGACAAGGAGAUGGUCGAUAAGCCAAAGCCUGUGGUUGAAGUUAAACCACCUGGGCUAGAAAACCCUGACGGAGUAAUUCAUUUCCUGCUUAGUGAACUUCUAGCUUCCAAGGAUGAAAUAGACAAUCCUUUCCCCCCAAAUCCUCCAAAAGAGGAUAAUGCACCGGCGCCAAUGGAUGUCCAAAUGGAGCAAGGCGAAUCUGCGGGGAAGCCCGCUGAGACAACGCAAGCGAACUCGCCUCCCAAGCUAGAGAAACCGGAAUUUAAAGCAGAACAACACCCUAUAUUCAUUUACCGAUGCUUUAUCUUGCAAGCUUUAACCGAAUUGCUAUCUUGUUAUAACCGCACAAAAAUAGAGUUCAUUGGCUUCUCCCGCAAAGCGGCGCCGAGGGAAGCGAUUAUACCGUCGAAACCGAGAUCUGCGGUCCUGAAUUACCUGCUUAACGAUAUCAUUCCUCUGGGUACUUUGAUACAUACUGAAGACAUUGCAUACAAGAAACGUGCGACGACAUCACAAUGGGCAAUCUUGGCUAUUGUUUCCCUAUCGGCCCAGACCGGGGAGUCCUCUAGCACUGAGGAUGAAUCAACUCUUCUCUUUGUGAGAAAAUUCAUCCUUGAGAGCGCGCUCAAGGCUUUUAAGGAUGCUUCUUCUUCCGUGGAACCGCUAGAUGCGAAAUAUUCUAGAAUGAUGAGCCUUACCGACCUGUUUUUCAGAAUGCUGUCUGCACGGCCAAAUCACAACCAUUCACCAAACAGUGCUCCUUCGGGGGAAUCCCAGCAACAAAUUGCUCGGAUCAUGUUUGAAAAGAACUUCAUUGCUGCCUUGACUGGAUCCCUUGCUGACAUCGACUUGAAUUUCCCCUCGGCGCGAAGGGUCAUCAAAUACAUCCUCAGGCCACUUAAACUGCUAUCUAAGACAGCCACCGAUCUUAACGAGAUUUCCAGUAUAUCGACCCCUGGAGCCACCGAUGAAGAUGAGAUAUCCACGGCCACUUCUAUUUCUGACAUCGGGGAUAUGCGGGAGGAUACUCCGGAUCUAUAUCGAAACUCGACUCUCGGAAUGUUUGAGGGUGAAAUGGUUGAUGAUGAGCAUAGCUCCUACGAUGAAGAUGACUACGAUGACGAGAUGGAUGACGAUGAGAUGGAAUUGGAGGAGGAAAUGGAAGAAGAGGGUGAUAGUGAAAUUAGUGAUGAGGAAGAUGAGGAAGGAAGGGAGGGUAUGGAUGUAAGUGACUGUUUUUCCUUUGGCACACAUGGAUAGGAACUAAUGGCAAAUAGGUUGAAAUCGUCGUUGAAGCAGAGCAGGAGAGUGAAGACGAUGACGGCGAUGACGACGAUGACGACGAUGACUCGGACGAUAUGGACGAUGAGGUCGAAAUUUUAGAUGAAAUGGCCCAAGAUCAAGUUCAUUACGGGAGUGGUGGCGAAGAAGACUGGCAAUCAGAGGGCAGUGAGGGUGAGGAGGACCAGGGUGAUGAAGUACUGCCCGACGCUAUUGAAACGAUUGUUCGUGCUCCUGGAGGGUCUGACGAGGCACCGGAACCUGGCUACGAAGAUCGGGAUGAUGGAUUUAUCGAUGAAGAUGCCGAGGAGGAUGACGAUGACGAUGACGACGACGACAUGGAUGAAGAAGAGGCAAUGAUCCAGGAGGAUUAUGAAGACGAUGAAGGUGCGUUCUCGGCCGUCCCCUGGGGCUGGGCCGAUGAAACAGGAGAAGCUCCAAUGAUGGCUCGUGCUCAUCCUCGUGGCCAUGGCGGAUGGUAUGCACUUGGUGGGCCUCCUCGUGAGUCUCCAGUAUUCAGUAAGGCCUUAGUUUCCCCAACUCAUUUAAGAACUUGCAUCUAAUAUCUACAGUGUCAAACGCAGCACGCCCUCGUCACUACAUGGGUAGUGCGGCUCCGAGAGCCACCGACAAUGUGGAUCAAAAUCCACUUCUACAACAGAAUUCCAAUAACGAACAGGCCAGUGCCCGGCCAACCCACAACCGCAACCAGGAAUUCAUGACAGAUUGGGUACAGGCCAUUGAUGGAAUGCAUGCGGGUGGCGGUCCGGGUGGUACCGUUUCUAUGAUUAGCACCCUUAUGAGUUUGAUGACUAGGACCGGCCAACCUGUUCCCGUUAUUUCUAACGGCGGAUCCAUUCAAUUUCAGGCCCUCCCUCAUAUUGCUCACCACCACCACCACCACCACCCCCAUGCACCCCCGUUCAUGCCUCGAGAGAUACGUUCUAUGUUUGAGGCGGUUCGACCACAGCCAGACAUGCCACGCCACCAUCGAGAAGACCCUCAAACGGCAGUCAAUAGCUUUAUCCCAACGCUGACCACCGGUAGAUGGAACGAAGAAUCCAGACUAUUGUUUGGCACCAGUGCUCCAGAUCGUGCUCAAAAAGUGGUUAAUGCUAUCUUAGUCCUUUUAGUUCCCCCGGCCAUUGAGGAGGAGAGAAUCACGAAGGAGAAGCAAGAGAAAGCGCGGUUGGAAAUGAUUCAAAUUCAGGAAGAGCGCAAGAAGAAGGAGGAGGAGGAGAGGAUCGCUCGAGAAAAAGCAGAGGAAGAAGAAAAGGCUAGGAAAGAGGCCGAAGAGCGGGAAGCCGCCGAACGGGCGGCUGCAGAGGCGGCGGAGGCGGCAGAACUAGCGGCGGCUGCUGCUAGCGAGUCUGAGGUUCCUGAUGGCGAGAAUAGCCCGAAGGAGGGUGAAGCCAUGGAGGGUGUUGAGGCCACUCAAGGUGAAGCAGCAGGGGUUGAAGCAGGCCCUUCGGAUCCUCCGGCGCCGCGGGCCACUGUCAUGAUUCGCGGACGCGAGAUGGACAUUACCGGGAUGGAUAUAGACCCUGGAUUUUUGGAGGCAUUGCCGGAGGAGCUAAGAGAAGAAGUCCUAACUCAGCACAUCCGGGAGAGGCGUGCGGCAGCGGCGACUAAUGACCAACCGAGCGAAAUCAGCCGCGAGUUCCUGGAAGCCCUACCUGAUGAGAUUCGUGAUGAACUACUCGCCCAAGAAGCAGCUGACCGCCGUCGCCGGGAACGGGACCAGGCUCGACCGCCGGGGGCCUCGGCAGGGCCGGCCGACCUAGAUCUCGCGAGUUUCCUUGCAACCCUCGAGCCCGAUCUUCGCCAGACGGUUCUACUUGAGCAAGAUGACGAGGCUCUAGCACAGCUACCCCAAGCGAUUGUUGCAGAGGCAAACCAACUUCGCGGGGAACGGCGGUUUAAUCAAUUUGUGGAAAUGCCCAGGGUCGCUCGUGUAAGUGGUGUACGACACCCGGGUGAACCGGAACCAAAACCAGUCAAAAAGCCGCUUCGCAAGAGUGUAAUCCAAUUGUUGGACAAAGCUGGUGUUGCUACUCUUCUGCGGUUGAUGUUUAUUCCUCAAGUUGGGAGCACUCGCAUUACGCUGCACGAAAUCUUGCUCAACAUUUGCGAGAACAGACAAAACCGUGCGGAGGUUGUCAACCUUCUUCUAUCUAUUCUACAGGACGGUAGUUCGGACAUGGCGGCGGUUGAACGAAGCUUUGCGCAAUUGUCGGUGAGGGCCAAACAAGCACCUGCCACAAAGACUCCAACAGCAGCGGUUAAACGAACCGGGACUGGGCUACUAGCUCAAACUAGCAGUGAAGUUUCACCCUUGAUGGUUGCUCAGCAGUGUCUAGGUGCGUUGCUGUUUUUGGUCAGUUAUAACGAACACAUACCUUCGUACUUCCUCAACGAGCAUGAUAUCUCGGUCGGACUUAAGAGGUCUACAAGCCGAAAGGGUAAAGGAAAGGAGGUUCCUCCGCCCAAGGCCAGUAAAUAUGCCCUGAAUACGCUCCUGAGCCUUUUGGAUCGCCGGUUAAUCACUGAGAGUUCAACUGUGAUGGACCAGCUCUCGGUGUUGCUAUCAGAUAUUACUAGGCCUCUAACAUUUCUUCUCAAGAGGGAGAAAAAGAAGCCGAGUGAGCAAAAGCCAGCUGAUCCUGCGGGAGAGGCAGAGCCUACGACUACAGAGCCUGCCAAUGAGAAUACAACGGUAGCUACUGAAACCUCAGCUGCGGUGACUGAAGGGGGCCAAUCUAGCGAGAAUAAGGAUGACGCGUCCAACAAUGAUCGUAAGAAAGAUGACGAUAGGCGAAGGAGGCUGCGCCAUUUGGUCCCUCCAGUUGUUCCAGAGCACAACCUUCGAUUGGUUGUCAAUAUACUUACCGCCCGGGAAUGCUCAAGUAAGACUUUCCGUGAAACACUCGCAACCAUGCAAAACCUUUCUGCGAUUCCGGAGGCGAAGGUGGUUUUUGGUGCAGAAUUGAUCAGGCAGGCACAAGUACUUGGCGGCACAAUUCUCGGGCAUCUCGAGGUGUUGGUGCAUCAAAUCAAGAAUGCUGAAAACGGGACGGAAAUCCAAGGGAUGGCCCUAUCAAACUUUUCGCCAGCGAGCUCCGACCAGGCCAAACUUCUCCGCGUUCUUACGGCACUCGACUAUCUCUUUGACCCCAAGCGCCCAAGUAGGGAGGUCGUGAAGGAUGGCGAGCCCAAGGAUGAAGAAAGCAAAAAAGAGCGUGAUGUACUCUCAAAUCUUUAUGAGAGCCUUACCUUCGGGCCGUUAUGGUCAAAGCUCAGCCAAUGCCUUUCUGCUAUUCAUGAACGCAACGACAUGCUCCAUGUGGCAACCAUUCUCUUGCCAUUGAUCGAGGCCUUGAUGGUGGUUUGUAAGAACAGUGGGUUGAAGGAAGCACCAAGAACUCAACGAGGCCAGACGCCGAUGAGCCCCGUAAUGGCGGGAACGGGCAUGGAAGAUCUAUUCUUCGAAUUCACUGGGGAUCACCGGAAGAUUUUGAACCAAAUGGUUCGCAAUAACCCGAAGUUAAUGAGUGGCUCCUUUGCGCUUUUGGUUCACAAUCCUAAAGUACUGGAAUUUGAUAACAAGCGCAACUACUUCAACCGCCGCCUCCAUACACGCCAGGGCAACCGCGACCCUCAUCCAACAUUGCAGCUCAACGUCCGCCGCGAUCAAGUAUUCCUCGAUUCUUACAAGUCAAUGUAUUACAAGAAUGGUGACGAGAUUAAAUACGCUAAACUUAGUAUCCGGUUCCAUGGUGAGGAAGGGGUUGACGCUGGUGGUGUUACCAGAGAAUGGUUCCAGGUUAUGGCAAGGCAAAUGUUUAAUCCCGAUUACGCGCUUUUUAUCCCUGUCGCUUCCGACAGGACUACAUUCCACCCAAGUCGUAUGAGCGGUGUCAACCCGGAACAUUUGAGCUUCUUUAAGUUUAUUGGAAGAAUCAUUGGAAAGGCUUUAUACGAGGGGCGUGUACUGGAUUGCCAUUUCAGUAGAGCAGUUUAUAAGGUAGUUCUCGUUUUAUUCCCUUUAGUCGGUGCCUAAACUAACCAUGAAUAUAGCGCAUACUUGGGAAGUCUGUCUCCCUCAAGGAUAUGGAAACGCUGGAUCUUGACUAUUAUAAAUCUUUGGUUUGGAUGCUUGAGAACGACAUCACCGACAUUAUCACAGAAACAUUCUCGGUUGAAACAGAUGAUUUUGGCGAUAAGAAAAUCAUUGACCUUGUACCAGACGGCCGCAACGUGCCUGUAACGGAAGACAACAAGCAUGAAUACGUCCGGCUGUUGGUAGAGUACAGGCUCCUUACAAGCGUCCAAGAGCAAAUGGAGAAUUUCCUAGUCGGUAAGUUGAAGCGUGUCCACCCGCCCUUCCCCACUAUUCUCUAAUGAUCCUUUAGGUUUCCACGACAUCGUGCCAGCGGAGUUGAUCUCUAUCUUCAACGAACAAGAACUUGAACUCCUGAUCUCUGGUUUGCCCGAGAUUGAUGUUGACGACUGGCGCAACAACACCGAGUAUCAUAACUAUUCCGCUUCCUCGCCACAAAUACAAUGGUUCUGGCGUGCGGUCCGAUCAUUUGAUAAGGAAGAGCGUGCAAAACUCCUUCAGUUCGUUACGGGAACUAGUAAAGUCCCCCUCAACGGCUUCAAAGAGCUGGAGGGAAUGAAUGGCUUUUCGAAGUUCAAUAUACAUCGAGAUUAUGGGAGCAAAGAUCGCCUCCCUAGUUCCCAUACCUGUUUCAACCAGAUCGAUCUACCCGAAUACGAUAGUUACGAGAACCUGAGGCAAAACAUCUUGACAGCAAUCACUCAGGGGGCAGAGUAAGUGUACCAAUCAGUCUGAGUGCUAAGAUUUUGCUCCUUUACUAACAAGCGUUACAGAUACUUUGGGUUUGCUUAACCUUGCGGCAUUAUAUUUUUCCUGUUUCUUUUUGCCUUUUUUCCAUUCUAAGUUGUAAUGAAGUGGGGAGAGAGGUUCGAUUGUGGAUAGAGAUUUCUGGGGAAAAAGGGGGUAGUGUGGGUUUUGCUUUGAUUCUCAUUCUGGAAAGGUGUUUUCUUUUCUUUUCUUUUUUUUACAAAUCAUGUUUUUCGUCCAGCUCCUUCUUCUCUACUUGUGGAUUCGGGUUCUUGUCACCAGAGCAUUAUUCUUAGCAUUAAGGAAGACGCAGAAGAGGUGCUUCUGUGGAUACGGGCGGCCAAGUGCAGGUUGGCUUGCUUUCGUUGUCUACUGUUGUUUUCUUUGCGUAGGGAAGUGGGUUUUUGUGUGGCAAGCCUGUAUGUUAAGCUCGACUUUGCGUUGCGAGACGUUAUUUUCAUGGCGGUUAAUCAAAUAGGUCGAAGACCAUUCAUUUCAUUCUCAAAGCGCAAGGUGGUGGGUGGUGAGUGACUGGAGAAGCGUAAUCUGGUUUGCAGGCGGGUAUGAUAUAAAUUUAAUAGUACAAGUACUCGUAUGAAUUCUAUAACGUGGCGUAUCGUUACCGUAUGAGGGAAGGGAAAUGUGGGGGGGGGAGUGCCCAGUUCUGAUGCAAAUUUUUACCCCCCAAAUGGACCUAUCAUGCAAACAGCUCGCCUCCAUACGCUACGGCCCUCGUGAAGAACUCAAGUCGUGAUAUCAUAUCCAGAGCACUUGCAUAUCGGUGGACUGAUUAAUCAUAUACUAUCACUCGGAAUGAAAAAAAAGGGGGAGGAUUGUCUCUCGUUCUCUGGGAGGGCUCCCGUGAUACCACACUGGCCCAGUCAGCCUAUGGGUGAUGGCCUAGGUAAUGCGGCGGUGCCCUCUGUCCCGCGAUAUAUCAUGCUACGAUCCUAACGACUGAGGGUGGCGUUUCGGUACGAUACCGUUAGGCAAACCUCAUAGGACAAGGCAUGUGCCGGCUGAAUCCGCUGUGCGAUGAUGCCGGUAUCGUCACCACCGGUAAUAGUCCUAAAAGAAAAAAGACAGAAAAAGAAAUC